CGGUGAGUUCAAAGUGAGUGGCGGAUGCUGAUCGAGCAGUGAAGGCGGAGAGAAGAUGGCGAGUUUGGGCGGAGGCCAUCAGCAGGUGGUGCCCAAGAAGGCGUACGACCUUCUCUUCAAGCUGCUCCUGAUAGGAGACAGCGGCGUGGGGAAGACGUGCGUCCUGUUCAGAUACGCCGACGAUACGUUCAACACAACAUUCAUAUCAACAAUCGGAAUUGAUUUCAAGAUCAAGACCAUAGAGUUGGAGGGAAAGAAGAUCAAACUGCAGAUCUGGGACACCGCAGGUCAGGAACGAUUCCACACCAUCACAACCUCUUACUACAGAGGUGCCAUGGGUAUAAUCCUGGUCUAUGACAUCACUAAUCAGAAGUCAUUUGACAACAUUCAAAAGUGGCUCAACAACAUUGAAAUGCAUGCGUCGGCAGACGUAGAGAGACUGUUGAUUGGCAACAAGUGCGACUGGGAGACGCGGAGAACUAUCCCCACGGCAACGGGUAAUCAGUUGGCAAGCAAUCAAGGCAUUUCCUUCCUGGAAACCAGCGCAAAGACCAACCACAAUAUCGACGAGGCAUUCGAGACUCUGGCAAGGCAGAUACUCAAGAAGGCCCCGGCCCAGUCCAAAGACACUGAGGGCAGAGGGGUGGAGUUGAAGGGAUCGUCAAACAAGAAGAAUGGAGGGGCAGGGGGAGGAGGGAAGGGAGGGGGCGGAGGGUGCUGUAAUUAGAAUAGCGCCACUAUGUGUAACAGUACUACAGACACCAACCUGCGCCUACUGUUGAUAAUGAUACACUGUGUCUGCUCAAUUUACACACCUACAGUUGUUGUUGUUGUUCCAUUAAAUUAUUAUUAUUCUUUUUUAUACAUGUUAGUAACUGAUGUUAACCCUCGGCGCGCAUGCGCAGCGAGGGUCAGUACUUGGUCUGUCCGUCUGUCCACGUUUUCUGCC